AUCUUCCUGAUCGACUUUUGAUCACCGAGUAUCCUUUUGAGUUCAAUCCAAAAAAAAUUCCUGCCGGGUACUUUUGUGGAUUACUUAUUCCAUGUUUGCCUCUCUGUACGAUAGGGCGCUGGUGACACCGCGGUUGAUCAGACGCAUGUCGUACCUGUCACGAACUCUUUUGCAGUGAUUGCGUCCAGAAUACAUCCCGAUGUACCGCAAUUGGGCGGUGAUUGACUCACGACAUGGUCCAUACAGCAUGACAUCUUUGUUGUGAGUAGGCAUUCUCUGGCUUACUUUGCGAUCUCACAGAACCAUAUCCUUCAGCUGCGUCCACGAUGGACAUCAUGUCCUUCGCAUACCCUGCUCUCGCACUGGGUGCCUCUGUACUUUUAUGGUAUCUACUGAAGGAGUUCAACAUAGCUGGAGGUCACGCAGCCUUACCUCCUGGUCCUCCGCGUCGACUAGUUAUUGGCAACCUCUUGGACAUUCCCGAGACUUCACUAUGGAAGACACUCACGAAUAUGGCGCAGAGUUAUGGUGAUGUGUUAUCCCUCAAAGUAUUUUCGCAACCAAUUGUCGUGUUAUCGUCACUCCAAGCUGCGACCGAUCUUUUUGACAAGCGCGCAGCGAUCUACUCAGAUAGGUACACUUCGGUUAUGAUGCACGAACUGUGCAAUGCCGGCUGGAUCCCUACGUUCAUGAACUAUGGAGACCGUUGGCGCAAUACCCGUAAGAUCUAUCACCAGUACUUCGGGCCACACGCAUUGCACAACUACAAAAGCGUGCAAGAUGAAAAACUUCGCUCAUUUCUGCGACGACUCCGAGAUGAACCUGAGCAUUUCAAUGAUCAUAUUCUGUAUGUUUUUGGAGCGACUAUCAUGAAAAUGAUGUAUGGCAUUGAGGUCCAGGACUCGCGUCAUGAAGAAGUUGUCACCGCUGAGCAAGCUAUGUCCAAGUUUGCGGAAGCCGGUCAGCCGGGACGAUGGCUUGUAGACAUGUUCUCUCCUCUUAAAUACGUCCCGGAAUGGUUCCCAGGAGCGCAAUUCAAGAAAUUGGCCUCACUUUGUAUUUCACUCUCAGAGCGGACGCGCAACAAUGCAUUUAACAAAGCAAAACAGGCCUACGAGUCUGGCCAUCCCCUUCCUUGCAUAGUAACCGAUAUAUUGGAAAAGCUACCUGAUACGGCUGAAGGGCGUGAACUUGAACAAUGCGCGCGUGAUAGUUUAGGGUCUGCAUUUGCAGCGGGGUCGGACACAACGGUGGCAUAUGUGAAAUGGUUCUUCUUGGCCAUGCUGAUGCAUCCAGAAGCGCAAAAGAAAGCCCAACAAGAGCUUGACCGUGUUGUCGGGCCAGACCGUCUACCUGACGUUGAUGAUCGAGCCUCAUUACCGUAUACGGAGGCUGUCAUUAAGGAAGUGCUUCGAUGGCAACCCGUUGCGCCGCUUGCUUUUACUCACUGUACAGCAGCUGAUGACGAGUAUAGAGGAUAUCACAUCCCCAAAGGAACUAUCGUUAUUGGGAAUGCAUGGUCAAUCCUGCAUGACACAUCGGCGUAUCCUGAUCCGGAGUCCUUCAUGCCGGAGCGAUUUCUGAAUCCAGAUGGCUCGCUGAAUGCGAACAUAAGAGACCCACAAGUCGCUUGCUUCGGGUUCGGGCGAAGGACAUGCCCAGGCCGAUACCUUGCCAUGAACUCGUUGUAUCAGGUUAUCGCCUCUGUACUGCACACCUUCAAUAUCAGCCCGUCUUUGAAUGAUGUCGGCCGAAAUGUAAUCCCUUCGGAGGUGGAGGGUCUCAUAUUGUAUGUGAUCUUGGUUCAUGAUUUUUCUCUCAUUGUUUCACGAACGUUGGUUAUCCCAGCCGUCCCCUGCAUUAUGAUUGCUCCAUCAAACCUCGUUCAACUGCUGCGGAAGUGCUUAUCGCUGCGUCAGACGACUUAUAGUGCUCCAUUGUGUUAAUACGGAGCCUGGACAUACCGGUAGAAGAUGUAAACUUUAAUCCUCUAUCGGAAUCUAUUUAUCACUGACUGUACAGUCUGUAAAUCCUCACGUCAAUUUGAUGAAAAGGAGAUCAUAUUUGACCUGAGGAUGAUCCAUAAAAAUUUAUCGCCUCCAAAAAUCGCUAAGCACAAAACUGCUUACAGUAACUUCCGCGACUUCCGAUGUCACAGUUCGUGAUAGGAACACUCGUUCCUAUCAGGCUCAUCUCACUCAGGUGGCGGCAGGACAAGUACUUUGGCGCAUUCAAACCUUUUUCGUACUUAUCUAAUAGCAUUCUCAUCACCAGAAGACACCGACACACUCCAGAUGAAAAUAAGCAUCAGUGCCCCAAGUACACCUGGAUUUCACUGAUGCAUUCAUGUGUGUUCCGUUGACAGUCAUUUGCAACCAUUUUUUGUUUCAGACCUGGCAGUCCGAUAAAUGUCAUCGAUUCAUCAUUUUAGAACGUACUCCAUUUUAUGUGCGUGGCUAAAUUGUGGU